AUGGAACGUGUGCGAGAUUAUGUUCAUGCAAGAAUCAACAAGGCAUAUGGCUUACUGCAAGUCUUCAAGCAAAGACUACGGCCAGAGACCACGGCUGACAUUGAGAGUGGCCCGUUGGACUUGUCGCGGCAGUCCUUAGUUGACGGCCCAUUAAAGGAUACUCCAGAGCUCGACGAUUUCCGUGUUGUGGGCGCUUUCGUAGGAUCCAACGACCAUCGUUUCGAGCAGGAGCAAGCACCACAGCCGAAGAUGACUAAAGGACCUGCACGAUUCAUAACAGCUAAUGAUGGUUCGGAGAAUUGCAUGGCCUUGCUUGUCACCAAAAGUCUGAUGGCGAAGCUCGGUGAUUUCUUCGAGGAUAAGCUGCAGCUUGAGAUCAAGUCUGGACUUCUUGAACAUGCGAAAAUCGACGCCCGAGAAAUUCACUCAUCUCUUGAAAAAGCAAAAGAAUCCUUGGAGAAAGCAAGAAGUCAAGAGAGAACUGACGAGCUCGAAAACUUUAUUGAGCAACAACAUCCCAAGCUACUUAAGGCCUGUCAGCGAAGAGACAAAUUAGAGGAGGAGUAUCGUCGCAUUCAAAGAAGUGUUAACCUUUCGAGAGAUCAUACACAAUGGGUCUUGGAGACGGCUAUGAGAGAAGCGAAUCUUCUCAAGCCGCAUAGGACGCCCUCCCCAGAAUUGCUCGGCGAGGACGAAAGCGAUAUCGGAAACACAAAAUCUCCACCACAAGGCCCGAUUGCUCCAGACUCUGAGAACGAUGUCAAAUCUCCACUCAGUGAAGCAGAGCUGGUCCGCCGAGCAGCUCUCGAAGAAUUAGGCAAGAGAUCGCGGACAUUGGAUGUCGUCCAGGCUAAAUUCGAUAACCGACGAUGCGCAUACGAGGACAAUUUGGCCAAAUUCCAACAGGGACUGAAAGACGGUGUUUGCAACUAUUCCAGAAGUGAUUUUGAUCGUCGCGGUGUGGAAUACGGAUCAAAGAUCACGCGAGCCGUGAUCAAUGCCGAGGAAGCCUUUGAUCAGGCAGAAGCUUACGCCAAAGCCGUUGGCGCCAUCGACUCCCAGUACGGACAGCCGUCCGGCCACUAUGAGGAAAGUCUGCCAGAUGACCACAUGGCAUCCUACAUAGCCACAAGAGAUUGGGGAUUUGUCCAUGACUGGCUGGCAAACGUCCUCGACGCUGAUGUGCUCCAAGAUCCAAACAGCCAUAAUAAUCCAGGGUACACUGAAGACGGCGAGUGGAACGAAGGACAAGAUGGACCAGACACUGCGAGAGGCAGCGAAGACGAUGACUGGGAGGUCCCGGAAGCUGAGAUACAAGACAGUGCGAGUGCGAUCGAUUAUGGCUUUAACCGAAAAAACCUCGACCGGUGGCAGCAACUCUGCGCUCAGCCCCAGCCUGACGCUUCUCCGGAGGCCUGGGAUACGUGGCCGGAGGCUAUGCGUAUGUGGCCGGUGAAUGAAGUAGAGCGGCGACAUUCAUUCGGGGGUUAUAGCUGUCAGAGUUGGGAUGAUGGUGAUGAACUAACAUAA